GUCACCGCCGAACUCCUGACCAACUUGUGACGACUCCAGCCCGUCAUCGUCCAGGCCACAGAUCUGAUCGGAUGGUUUUGUCAGAAUGACAGCCGAAGACCCUGCAAACUCUUCAACCAUGAGCAACAAUACCGCCUCCAAGUCCACCGCUGCGUCCCACCCUGCUCUCCUUGCGCAGAACCCCAUUGUCGAAGGUGUCGUGGGCACCCCCAACGAGGCCGCCCUGGUGGCCUUGAUGGAGCGCACGGGCUACACCAUGGUCCAGGAGAACGGCCAACGUAAAUACGGGCCUCCGCCUGGCUGGAACGGCCCGUCGCCACAGAGAGGAUGCGAGAUUUUUGUGGGCAAGAUCCCAAGAGAUGUUUAUGAGGAUGAGCUGGUGCCCGUGUUUGAGUCUGUGGGACGCAUCUACGAGAUGCGCCUGAUGAUGGACUUUGACGGGAAGAACCGAGGCUACGCGUUUGUGAUGUACACUGAAAAACACGAGGCCAAACGAGCCGUGCGGGAUCUCAACAACUACGAGGUACGGCCCGGCCGGCUCCUGGGCGUUUGCUCCUCUGUGGACAACUGCCGUCUGUUCAUCGGCGGUAUCCCCAAGACCAAAAAGCGGGAGGAGAUCCUGGAGGAGGUCUCCAAAGUGACGGAGGGCGUGCUGGAUGUGAUCGUUUACGCCAGCGCCGCCGACAAGAUGAAGAACCGCGGCUUUGCCUUCGUAGAAUACGAGUCGCACCGCGCUGCCGCCAUGGCCCGUAGGAAACUGAUGCCCGGGCGCAUUCAGCUCUGGGGCCAUCAGAUCGCAGUUGACUGGGCGGAGCCAGAAAUUGACGUGGAUGAAGAUGUUAUGGAGACAGUGAAGAUCCUUUACGUCAGGAAUCUCAUGAUGGAAACCAGCGAGGAAACGAUCAAACAGGUCUUCAGCCAGUGGAACCCAGGCUGCGUAGAACGAGUGAAGAAAAUCCGCGACUACGCUUUCGUUCACUUCACCACCCGGGACGAUGCGGUGCUGGCCAUGGACCACCUCAACGGGACAGAGGUGGAGGGCUCCUGCAUCGAGGUGACCCUCGCCAAGCCGGUGGACAAAGAGCAGUACUCCCGGCAGAAGGCCUCAAAGGGGGGUUCUGCCGCUCCGGAAGCCCCACAGCAGAACUACGUCUACCAGUGUGACCCCUACACGCUGGCCUACUACGGCUAUCCCUACAGCACCCUCAUCGGACCCAACAGAGACUACUUUGUCAAAGCAGGUACUGUGCGAGGCCGUGGUCGCGCCACCACAGGUAACCGUACCCCUGGUCCCCGGGGGUCGUACCUGGGGGGUUACUCUGCCGGUCGUGGCAUCUACAGCCGCUACCACGAGGGUAAGACCAAGCAGCCCGAAAAGCCUUAUGAACUGAUGCCCAGUCUGGAGCUGGCGGCCUCCGUCAACCAAGUUGCCAUCAAAGGAGGCCCAAUGGCGUUGCCCGCUCUGGCCGGGCAGUACCCCAUGUUCAGCGCGGCGCCUGCAGCCAAGCUGAUGGAGGAGGGUAAAGUGCACCCCAUGGAGCACCUGAUGAACCCUCUGGCCUUGCAGCACCCGGAACACACGGCCGCCCCUGCUGCUGCCGCCACCGUGCUGCCGGUGUCCACUCCUCCCCCUUUUCAGGGUCGCCCCAUCACUCCCGUCUACGCCAUGGCCCACAGCGUGCCCCGCAUCUCAGCGGCGGCGGCCGGCGGCCUCUACGGCGCGAGUUACAUCCCCAUCACAAACUACGCCGCCAACACGGCGGCUCUGGCCGCACUGCAGAAGAACGCGGCGGUGGCGGCUGCGGCGUACGGAGGCUACGCCGGCUACGCCGUGCCGCAGGCCUUCCCCGCCGCCGCCUUCCAGAUGCCCCUCCCAGACAUCUACCAGUAUUGA